AUGUUUUAUACCCCUAAGUUCCAACGAGUUUCACCAGCUGUUGUAAGUGGAAUUGGAAAAAUGCCCACAUUACCAAUGCUAUGGUUAAAGAAUAGUCAAGAAAAUUUGGAAUCUAUUAACAUUGGAGAGAGGUUAAAGAUUGAGGAUUCAUUUGAAAAUCUUUAUUUCAGUAAGUUAAAGAAAGUUCAAUAUGAGUGUUGGGAUAUGCCAUCGGGAAAAAUUUGGAGUUCAUUUGUUGUUAGACACAGAGAAAUAAUUGAAGACUUGGUAUUAUCACAUUGUAUAUUGUUAUAUGAUUUUUCUGUGAUGGAUAGUCUAAUACGAUUAGAAUUACGUGCGUUUAAUUAUUUUAGAUGUCCAAUUUUAUCUAAUUUAUUGAUUCGAGAUUUUGAAUUAAUUAUUAAAGGGGAUGGAUAUGAACGUAUUCUUGUUGAAUGCAUGGCACUUGGUAGGAACAUAAUGCAUCCUAAUAUAACUAUUGCCCAAUUCCGACCAAGACGGAAUAUAGUUUCAUAUUUACAGAGGAGAUUCAAGAUCAAUUUUAUUCCUCUUCAUGACUGGGAACAUUUUGUGGCAACAUUCAAAUGA